GUUGUUUACCUGCAAGACUGAGCCUACGUCUCGAGGCAGCUGCUGCAGACCGCAGGUCCCGUCCGCGUAUGCAAUCGGACGGCGUGCCUGACCGCCUGAAGUUGAUGCUCACUGGUCAAUUGAAGGCGGCCAAUACUCUGCAGGUUUUCCAAGGCCGCCUGCUCCAGUGCGAAGUAGUAUCACGGAAUCUUUAGCAGGCAACGACUCGACGACGAUUAAUGCGAUGGCGCAACCAAACGGAGCCUCGUCGCUCAGCCGCGCGAAGUCAACGCGCGCAUCGGCAAACAUCGGCAAGCCGUCCCAGAGUGCCUCGCGCGGGAAUGCACCGGGCGCCGUCCCAUCGACCACGACUUCUCACCAAACCACCUCGCCGACUGCCCGGUCUCAUGUCUCCCUCUUUCUUGCCAACCUCCGCCUGCUCAAUCUCGACCAGCACCCCGACUGGCCCGACAUCAACGCGCUCACAUUCAGCACGAAGGAUCUGGCUCAAGGGCAGAAGAAGCGCAUCCAAUCGGUGGAGUGGGCCCUGUACCACCUCUUCAGGCUGUGGGACCCGGACGAAGCACGCAACAAGCUGCAGCCCUUCUUUCCACCGCUCGACCAGGUCCAGUCGCUGAAUCUCCGCGCCGCGUUGCUGAGGGGCUUAGAGCAAGCAAAGAAGAAUGGUGUUCUCGGCCGGGAUGCCGUCGUGCGCAAGACCAUGCUCGACGAAUGCAAGGGCGAGCGGCUGGAGGAGGUGCUGGCCGUCUUCUCGUCGGCCGUCCUCAAAAAGGUGGUUGCUGAGCAGCAGCUGAAUGGAGGGGGCCACCCUGCUCUUGCCCAGACUCUUGCUCUUGAGAAUCGAGGGUACUCUGGUGACCGGACCGAGCUGGUGGCCCUCGUCAUCGCACACAAGGCGUCGUUGCGCCGCAUGCUGGACGAGAAGAACACGGAUCGGGCACGGUUCCGGGAGUUCUCUGACUGGUUGGCGCUGAAAGAGGAGACGGUUGCCAGGAAGCGUGAGGAGGCUGAGGCUGCGAAGCGAAGCGGCCGGAAAAAGGUGGUAACCGACGAAGAGAAGCGCGAAGUCUGGGGCAUAGUGCGAAAUAACUGGGCUGGCAACGAACGAUGGAUGGAGGCGCUGCUCUACGGCGACAGCAAGUCCCACAAGGAUGGUGUGCUCGCGACCCCGUAUGACCGUGUUUGGAGACGGGUCCAAGAAGGAAGGCUUGCCGAACUCGAGGGUACAUCUGCCGGCCUUCUGGAACGGUUGGAACACCGAGUCCAGGGGCAGCAAGCACGGCUGGAGAAGUGGCAAGGGUUUCGCCAGAGGCUGUUUGGAAAGACUGGGUCUGAGGCCGCGACGAAAGGGCAGAAACAGGAGCCUAAACACAAGGGCAUCGAUCUCGGCUUUCGAGAGCACGAGAGCCUCCGUCUCGACCGUCUGAGCCCAAGGAAGCUGCCGAGACCCUCGCCCAAGCAGCUCGACAGCCACUACGAGGCGCUCAUUGAAGGUCUCAGGUCGGAUCUAUCCAAAAUCGGCUCAACCGCUCCAGCCAUCCCCGCGUUCUUCCGCAGACCGCCGCCGCUGGAGCGACCAGAGCCGCCGACCGAGGAUGCCGAGCCGGAAUCCGAAGUAAUAUCCGACAUCAGCGAGCUCGAGGAGGCACGGCCACCGCCACGUCCGUCGCCCUCUCGCCGUGAACCGAUCAAAGUGUCGGAAGAGCCAGCAUUUGAACCGGUCCUACGGAAAGCCAAGACCUUUGAUGAUGAGCACGGAUUCUUCGAGGAUGAACCCUUGAUCCCAUCUCGUCUCCAGAGAUCAGCCACCGUCCAGCCUCAGUCGCCUUCUGCGAGACGGCGGCAGAGCCAAGACUCGCCGACGAAGUCUCCAGAGCGGCGGUUUAGUUCGGCACCAAAAGCUACCCGGCGCCCUUCAUCGCCUCCACCCCCGGCUCCUUCCCCUCCUCGAGUGGUGACGCCAUCACCAGAGCCGCCACCUUCGCCCGAACAGGCGGUAUCGCCAACACAGCAGCUCGCGGAUCAAAUACUCGCUGCGGUUAGCGCCGCCUCCCCGUCUCCCGUCAAGAAACCGCGACACAGGCUCUCCCUGGCCGAGCGCACUCGUCUCUCCAUGGCACGGGUCACGUCCCACGCGAACCUCCGCGUUCCGGAAGCGGACGAAGACGGGUUUGACGAGGCAGGGGGAGAAGCCGUUCCGGAGGCGGAUAAUGGGAAUCGUGGCGCGCUCGACCGCGCGCCGAGGCCAGUCGUCUCCUCCGUGGCCGAACCGUCAACGGCGGAACGCGAGGCGGGGGGGUAUGAAGACCUGGUUGCCCGCACGAGGCGGAGCUUGGCCGGCUCUGAAGCGGCAAGACAGAAAGCGCAGCUGGAACGGCGACGGUCGUUGAAAAGGGGGAUGCAGAGCGGCGGCGGCGCCCCGUCGACGCCGGCCGCGGCGGGGAGGAGAAGCAACUACUUCCGUGCCGUCAGUGAAGAGGAGGGCAAUUCGACAUUGCAGCUCGCCGAGGAGCUCUUGAAUGGCGGGCGCGAGAAUGAUUAUGAGGCGGUCUUUAUGAGCCGCCCAAAGCUGAAGACUAGCCCGAUCGGUACACCCGUGAGGGAAUUCUGGGAUUAAGCGACGCAUUUCAUGAGUGAGCAAUCGAGAUACGACAUGAGGAUGAGAAUUUGGAAGAUUGCGGGUACGAUAUUCGAUGUUAUGGAUAGACGUAACGGAAGAAGGCGCGGGUUCAAGACGGUACUGCAGUGCGAUGGCUCACGUUCAUACGACCAGCAAUGAUUACGCAA